GGUACGACGGACCGGACCGAUCCGGAUUGAUGCUGCGGAACAGUGCGAGAUGCACGCGACGAGUGCGCACCGUGACCGCGACGAGGGAAGUGUCCCGCGAGUACGCUCGUGCGUCCAAUUUACGCCUCUGAUAAACGCGCGCUCGCGUGUACGUGCGUGCUAGCGCGCGAGUUACGCGCGCGCGCGCGCGCGCGCGUUACGGCGUCUGUGCUGGAUCUCGGAUCUUCCGUGUCUUUCUUUCUCCCCUGAGUCUCCCUCUUUCUCUCUCUCUCUCUCUCUUUCUCUACUUUCUGUACGUGUGCAAUCGUCUCUCCUUCUCUCGGAUGUCUCUCGAUGCUGCACGAGGAUAGUAGUGGCAGCGGCGGUGGCUAUCGAAAGGGCUAUCGCCGUCAUCGUCGUGUUGUGUCAACGUAACCCACGGCAGCGGCACCACCACCGACGCCUCUUCAGUAAUUAAACCAAACAAAAUGGACACCGAGAUAACGAUUGAGCGAACACUCGUGUGGUAGCCCUCCUCUUUCCCUCCUCGCUCUUCCCUCGCCCUCUCGCUGUCUUUUUCCCCUUCCUCCCUCUUUCUUCACCUCUCGCCUCUCAUCUACCUGGGUUUCUUGUUUUCUUUAGAUGGACCUCGGGGGAAAAAGAGAUGGGAUCGCCGUUUGUAUAAUUACAGCAAGAGCUUGGGUUUACCAUGGGCACGUUACUGGCUAUAAAAGAGAUCGUACAAUAUUCUCCUAAGCCUGAAAUGGGGACGAGGAGUCCUUCAGCGUAGACAUGGACUACGAUCUGUUUGGUGAAGAUGUCAGUGGCUCGAUGCUCGAGGCUCUUCCUGAUCUCGGAGGGAACGAUCACUUCGAUCCUGCGCCUGCGAAUAAUUCCGUAGCGGUGUCCAGAGACGGUCUGAAUUCUGGCCCUAAUGGAGGAGGGAGUUAUAUUAGCCAAUCCUACAACAUUUCUCAAGAAUCUCCAAUACAAAAAUUAACCUCAUUCGGCGGAUCUGAAUUUGGUGGCUCGAAUCAAUUGCAAAAUCCGUCGCAGCGCAGCAUGUUUAACCAAAAUCUCGGUACGUUCGAUAAUAGUGGCACGCCUCAGCGUGCCAUGGUGCCGGGCGCGUUUCAAAAUCAGGCACGUAAUAUUGCACCGCAACAGCACAGGGGGCCUCAUCCGGGUAGCGGUGGUCAGUAUCCUAGCUACAAUGACAAUAUGUAUUCUAUGGAGCAGCAACACUCGAUGGCUAGAGCCAACAUGAGUAUGGACCCCAGCCAACAAGGUUGGCCGGGUAACGGAAGUGGUUAUCCACAGAUGCAGAGGCAUUACAAUCAGAUGGCUCCGCAGCCGCCUGCCACGUACAGGCAACACAUGCCGCCACAGUAUUCUCAUCAGCAAGACCAAGCUGGCGUUAUCAAUCAAAAGAUGCAGCAGCAGCAACAGCAGCAGCAGCAGCAGCAACAGCAGCAACAUUUCGGUCAACAGGGAAUGAUAGGCAACAUGGGAGUUUUGCAUCAGUCGAUGCAACCCGCCGCGACCGGUGGGGUCUAUCAACAUAUGGUUGGGCAGCAGCAACAUUAUCAGCAAGGCAAUUCGGUAGCGGCGAUGUAUCAGACGUCUCCUGGCUAUCCCGGCUUUGCUUCUGCGAUUCAUCAGCAACAGCAGGCUCAGCAACCGCCCCAGGCGAGAAUGCCGCAUCAUCAUCCGACCCAUCAACCGCAUCCGUCUCAUCCUCAACAGUAUCCUCAGCACACCCCUCAACAUCCAAACGCGCAGCAGCAACCGACGAUGGAUCCUCAAUAUCCUCAUCAUGCCGCAUCGAUGUUCAAUCAGCCACAACACUCGGCGCCGCCGCAGCAACAGUUCGGCACGGCGCCGGCUAAACACUCGACGAGUCCACAAUAUCGUGCCGCUUUCCCACAAUUAUCGCCACAAAUGUCGCCACGGCCACAGAUGUCCCCGCGUCCACCGGCCGUGCAGCAGCAGAUGUCACCCCGACCCAUCAUGUCGCCUGCCAAACCUACCACGUUAUCGCCGCAUCCGCACGUCCAGCUUCCUCAUCAGCAGGGUAAUCCGGCUACCGCGAUGUCGGUGUCACCUUCGUGUCCACCCACCACUAUGCAAAUGAAUCCAUCGUCGCAACAACAGCAGACUACUCUGCAGGCUCUUGAGCAGAUGGUGAUGCCGGGAGUUGCCGUGUCCAACUCCAGUGUCCCCGCUCCAGAUCAGUAUAAUCAGUUCCAAACGCGUCCGCCAAUAUCGCAGACACCGAAUGUUCUGCCGCAGCAGCCGACGCCACUGAGUCCGAUGCAAGGCCAAGUUACGGGGCCCAGAAUGCCAAUGCCUGCUCAAUGGCAAUCGCAUCCGCAACAGCAACAGCAACAGCAGCAGCAACCGCAGCAACAGUCGCAAAUUAGGCCAAAUAUUGGCGUUAACGAUGAAAGAGGUGGCAUGGUGGAGCAGCCUCAGCAGGCGCCGAUAGUAUCUGAUCAGAGUGCUCCGAUGUUCCCCGUCGCUGGACCGGAGACUUCUGUUCAUAACGUUGUGGAAACGGCAACAACGACGAGCACAACGACAACGAGAGAACCGACGACGACGACGACGACGACGGAGAAUGUCGUGCAGAACCCGAUCGAAACCCCGAAACAACCAGAACCCGAGCCUUCUUUACAUCAGAGCGCUCAGCAAAAUCAGCAACCGGACGCAACCGCGCAACUCGGUCCACCACAAGUGGAUACAUCGACACAAAAUAAUUCGCAGAAUAACAAUUUAUCCUUGGAUACAUCUACGGUAGGAAAUAUACCUACCUCGGCAAGUAUACCUCCAAUUGAAACAGUGCAGUCUCUUCCUGCGUCUAGCACAAGUGGCAAUAUAGAAUGCACAAAUGUAACCUCAUCAUUACAACAACAGCAGCAGCAACAACAACAACAACAACAAACAAUUGGUGCACCAAUUCAAACUCCUGUUAUCGAGACUCCAAGUGUGUGUGAAUCGAAAUCACAAGAACAAAGUAUAGAAGUACAUCAGCCACCAUUGAGCAGUACGACGCAUCCACAACAAACUAUAGGACAGCAACAACAACCCCAACAUACUCAACAACAGCCUAUCAAUUGUCCUUCACAGCAGCCAGUGCAGCAGCCGGCGCAACAAUCGAUGCAGCAACCAGUGCAACAGCUUCACAUGGCUCAACCGCAGAUAGUUCAAUCUCAAGUAACAAUACCGCCUCCUCAACCGCAGCUACAAUCGCCACAACAAUCUCAACAGAUGACUCAGUCGCAACCUGUUCCUGUUCAAAUAAAUCAGCAAUUGCAACCACAGCAACAAAUACCUCAGCCACAACCAUCACAACAACAACAGCAGCUGCAACAAAUUACACCCACUCAACAGCCACAACUUCCUCAGCCCCAACAACCCGUAAUGAAUCAAACGCAGCCGGUACAGCCUCAACAAAUUCCACCAGCGCCUCAACCUCAAUUGGGAGCACAAUCACAGCAACAGUUGGGACAAGCACAGCCUCAAAUAGGACAGCCACAAUCUCAACUGGGACAGACGCAAGCUCAGUUGACACAACCGCAGCCUCAGUUAGCGCAACCGGUAGCGCAGCAGGGUCCGACUUGCGUUACGCAGCAAGCGCAGUCGACGACGGCGACGCCGCCGCAGGCGCAACCACCUCAUAUGCAACCUCAGCAAGUUGGUAUGAUGCCGCAGGGCGCUGCGCUAAUACCACCUCAGAUUCCGCCGCAGAUGCAAACUCAACCAAUACAAAAUCCGGCGUCUCAGAUACAAAAUCAGAACGCUCAAGUGCCACCCGGACAUUUAAACGCACAGCAGAUACCUGCAGUCAGUCAGACCGCCAGUAUGGUGUUGCCGCCGCAUCAAGCUGCAGUUCCCGUGCCAAAUUCGCAAACACCGCAUCAGUAUCACCCUGGAGGUGACCUGAUUACCGGUAACACAAUGCCGAACAUGUACAGCAUGCCGACUAAUCCUACACAAACUACGGUCGCAGCUGUCGGUUUCGGCACAUCUUGUGCACCUCUCUCGCAUCAUCAAGAGCGAGCUGCGCUGCAACAGCAGUUGCAGGAAUUGUAUUGCAUGUCAGUGCCGCCGACUGCGGAAACUCAGGAGAAGAUCGUUGCCUUGCAGGAGAAGUUGCAAGCAUUGCAGCAGCACGAGACGAAUGAUCAGUGUAAUGGUGGCCCACAGUGUAUACUACAAACACCGAUGUUUACGGCUGCUGUUGUCGAUAGUCCACAGGUCUCCAGUACUACUGGACGUGGUCGCAGCAAAGGCACGCCACGAGCAAAGAAAAGUCGUAAAAAAGCCGAUAAAGAGGCAUCCGCACCUACCACUGCCACUCAGCAACCUGAGCAACCUUUGUCGGACAAUAAGGUCACUCCAGGUGAUAGCAGCAACAUAGUAGACAGUGCUGCAGAUUCGGAAGACAUAAAGCCAUCUUCCGGGGAUAUGGAGGAGGAAUGGAAUAAGGGUAGAAAGUCACGAUCGCCACGAAAACCACGCAAACCUAAGGAACCUAAAGAGCCCAAAGAGCCGAAACCUAAAAAGGAACCGAAACCACCCAAAGAACCAAAAUCGCCGAAAGUGGCGAGGAAGAGGACUAAGGAUAAAGACAAGGAUUCUACAAAGCGUAACAGGAAAAAAAUUGCUCCACCUGAAUCCGCUGAUGAUGAAGUUACACGUGAAAACGAAGAAACUGCCGUUUCGGAUUCCAGUGCCGUUAAGGAUGCCGAUACGAAGGUCUGUGAACCGUCCAUACAGGGUGAUCAGGAGCAAGUAGAUUCUUCAACCAAUGAACCUCUGUUAUCCGAGAUAAAGGAAGAAGGUAAAGAGAAAGGAGCGGAUGAUGCUACGGAGGAGGAAAAGAAAGAGGAAAACUCGGAAACGGCUACUGCAACCGCUGAAAAUGCAAGUGGCGGUAAAAAGAAAUCUGCUGCGAGGAAACGAUCGAGUACUGGCAAGUCAUCUGGAGGGAAAAGUUCCAGAAGUUCAAAGAAACGCAAGAGUCGUAUUGCCCCUGAUUCUGAUGGUGAGGAACUAGCAGCAACGCCUCCACCAUCACCGGAAGCUGGCGACGAUGUGAAUAAGCGGCGUUCCGCGAGAAACACUCAUCGCAAGAAGUACGUAGACGAUGUGAUGUUGCGAUUCUCAGAUGAUGAAGUUCCUAUGCAAGAAGCUCAACUUUCGAAAAAAGUGGAGGGUGCAAAUACUGGGGCGAAACCCACAGCUGUUAAGAAGGAAGGUGGUGAAGGGGGCGAAGUUGGACCUAACAAACCCAAUUUUGUAUACAUUAAUACUACGGAUGAGGAUUCUAUGGUUGUGCAACAUAUUCUAUGUUCUCGAAUGGGGAAGAGAGAAAUUAAGCCUAUAGUACCCAAGGUAGAACCACCUCCGGAAAAGAAUGCGGAUAAAGAAGAAUCAACUGACAAAGAUGAAACGCCUGAUAAUCCUGUAAAAGAGGAAAGUGCGGAAAAUACCGAGAAAGAAGCGAAGACCGAAGACACAACCGAAAAUGAAGAAAAGAGUGAAACUGUUAGCGUAAAGAAGGAGGAGGUGAAGAAAUUGGAAGAACCUCUUCCAGAUUCGAAACCAGCCGAGACUCCCGUUGUUGUCGAGACGAAGCCGCAGUUUGUCGAAGUCGAAGAAUAUUUUGUUAAAUAUCGAAAUUUUUCGUAUUUACAUUGUGAGUGGAGAACGGAGGAAGAAAUGUAUAAAGGAGACAAGCGUAUCCAAGCUAAACUGAAAAGGUUUAAGCAGAAACAACAACAAAAUACCAACAUUUUCGAAAAUCCGGAAGACGAUCCCUUCAAUCCAGAUUUUGUCGAAGUUGAUCGAGUCUUGGAUGAAGCAACUCACACAGAUCCAACUACUGGAGAAACGGUUCGACACUUCUUGGUCAAAUGGCGAUCUCUGCAGUACGAAGACUCUACCUGGGAAUUAGAAGAAGAUGUUGAUCCCGAAAAAAUAGCCCAGUUUAUAAAAUUCAAUAAAACGCCACCAAAGGAACAAUGGAAGCCAAAAAAGAAGCCCUCUGCUACAGCCUGGGUAAAACUGGAAGAAUCGCCAGUUUAUAAGAACAAUAACAUUUUAAGACCAUAUCAAUUGGAAGGUUUAAACUGGCUACUAUUUUCAUGGUACAACGGACACAAUUGUAUUCUCGCUGAUGAGAUGGGUCUCGGAAAGACGAUUCAGUCUCUGACAUUCGUGGACGCGGUUUACAAAUACGGAAUUCGCGGACCAUUUUUGAUCAUAGCUCCGUUAUCGACGAUUCCAAAUUGGCAGCGAGAAUUUGAAAGCUGGACCGACAUGAACGUUGUAGUGUACCACGGAUCUGCGGCGAGUCGUACUAUGCUUCAAGAAUAUGAAGUUUACUACAAAAACGAGAAGGGACAGCAAAUCAAAGAUUUGGUAAAAUUUAAUGUGUUGAUAACGACGUUUGAAAUCAUUAUUACGGAUUUUAAUGAACUACGGGGAUACAAUUGGAGACUGUGCGUCAUAGAUGAAGCUCACCGACUAAAGAAUCGAAAUUGUAAGCUUCUUGAAGGUCUCAGACAACUGAAUCUGGAGCACAGAGUACUUUUAUCGGGCACACCGUUGCAAAAUAAUGUCAACGAGCUAUUUUCCUUGUUAAAUUUCCUCGAACCGCAACAAUUUGCGAGCAACGAAGCAUUCCUAAAGGAAUUCGGUAAUUUGAGCAGCGAGGGCGAAGUGCAAAAGCUGCAACUUCUUUUGAAACCGAUGAUGCUACGUCGCUUGAAGGAAGACGUCGAGAAAUCGCUGGCGCCAAAGGAGGAGACUGUCGUCGAAGUGGAACUGACUAAUAUACAAAAGAAGUAUUAUCGCGGCAUUCUCGAGAGAAAUUUCUCGUUUCUCGCGAAGGGUACUACGUCGGCCAACAUUCCGAAUCUCAUGAACACGAUGAUGGAAUUGAGAAAAUGUUGUAUUCAUCCGUUUCUGUUGAAUGGCGCCGAGGAUCAGAUACAGUUGGAUUACAAAACUGGUGAGAAAGAAGAUUCUGAAGCAUACUAUCAUGCCUUGGUGAACAGCUCCGGAAAGAUGGUCUUGAUCGACAAAUUGCUACCGAAACUGAAAGCCAGUGGCCAUCGAGUUUUGAUAUUUAGUCAGAUGGUAAAGUGUCUGGAUCUACUCGAGGAUUAUUUGCUGUACAAGAAAUAUCCAUACGAAAGAAUCGACGGUCGAAUUCGCGGAAAUCUGCGACAGGCCGCCAUUGAUCGUUACAGUAAACCCGACUCGGAUCGGUUCGUCUUCUUACUCUGUACGAAAGCAGGUGGACUUGGCAUUAAUUUGACGGCAGCUGACACCGUCAUUAUCUAUGAUAGCGAUUGGAAUCCACAGAAUGAUUUACAGGCGCAAGCUCGUUGUCAUCGAAUCGGGCAGCAGAAAAUGGUCAAGGUGUAUCGUUUGCUCUGCCGCAACACAUAUGAGCGAGAGAUGUUUGACAAGGCAUCUCUGAAGUUGGGACUCGAUAAAGCGAUCCUGCAGUCCAUGAAUACCAGCCAAGGAGGCAAAGAUCCCAGCAAUAAACAGUUGACGAAGAAAGAGAUAGAGGAUUUAUUGAAGAAGGGCGCUUAUGGCGCUAUUAUGGAUGAUGACAAUGCGGGUGACAAGUUCUGCGAAGAGGAUAUCGAGCAGAUACUUGAGCGAAGAACUCAGAUUAUCACUAUAGAAGCAGAGAAAGGCUCGACGUUCUCGAAGGCAAGUUUUGCAUGCUCGUCGAAUCGGUCAGACAUUAAUAUAGAUGACCCCGACUUCUGGAAGAAAUGGGCGAAGAAGGCGGAGAUCGAUACUACGGAGAAAAAGGAAGAGGACGAACUGGUGAUAUCCGAACCACGACGAAGAACGCAAAUUAAGCGUUACGGUCAUGACGAGUCGGUAGUUGAUAUGUCCGAAUUAGACAGCUCAGAUGAAAACAGUGACGACGAUACGAGUAUCGGCUUGUCUGGUAGAAGCAAGAAGCGGCGCGACAAGUUCGGCAAGAAGCGCAAGUUUUACGACGAGUACGUGCCGCGCGAAGGUGAGGUAGUAUACGGCAGUUGGGCGCGUAGCGAAUGUUUCAAGGUCGAGCGCGGACUGCUGACGUUUGGCUGGGGACGCUGGGAAGAGAUUCUACAGCACAGCCAGUUCCGUCGCGGUUGGCGUGAGGUCGAUGUUGAGGAUUGCGCACGCGUCAUUCUGCUCUACUGCCUCCGCUAUUAUCGUGGCGACGAGAAGAUCCGUAGCUUUAUCUGGGAUCUUAUCACGCCUAUCGAGAACGGCGAGAAAGUGAAAAACGUAUCGAUGAACACUGGCGGCAGGAACAGUCGGCAGAAAAAGAAGAGUCGAGUCCGGGAGGGCAGAGAGACCCGGGGUUCGGUCAUUAACGGCGGACCGAGCGAUCCCAAUCAUUGGAGUAAUGCAGAGAAAUUUGACGGGGACAUCUUUCUCGAGAGCAACUACAGGAAGCAUCUUAGUCGACACGCCAAUAAAGUACUGUUGCGCGUACGAAUGCUGUAUUACAUCAAACAUGAGAUUAUUGGCGAUCUGGUCCAGCACAUCAACGACGGCGUUCACGUCAGUGCGUUGCCGCUAGACCUUCCACAGUUGACGGAACGACCGGCGAAAUGGUGGGACACGACAGCAGAUAAAUCCUUAAUAGUCGGCUGCUACAAACACGGCUAUGAGAAUUACGACCAGAUGAGGACUGACCCCGCGCUUUCUUUCAUUACAAGCUGUCCUCCCCCUUUCCAGAACUCUCAGAACAAGAGUACCGCCGAUAGCAGCAGCAGAGACGAUAAUAGUCUGGAGAAUGACGAGGAUGGCGAGUCUCCCGGAAUGACAAAAGACUCGAAGGACUCUGACAAGUUCAGUCGAGAAACGCCGACAGAUUCCCCUGCUAUUUCGAGUAAGGCGGAUACGCCGAUACCGGAGGCUGGCAGUAGCCACGACGGGAACGAUAGUCUUCUCCCGGAUGACGAGAAGACUUGGCCGUCUGUAGUGGACCUUAAUACACGAUUGCGUCGCGUGAUAUCCUCCUAUCAACGAAGCGUUAGUAAAAAGGAGGACAUUAAAGUAAUUCAGAAACCUGGUGGAAAGAUGGGAAUGGAAAGCGAGACUACUACUUCCAUGAAUCAUACCGGUAUGAUGCACGAACCGCCCUUGAAUAUGCAAGGGUGGGAUCUGCAGCAACUAGCGAUGUACCUUUUGAAAAUGGAGAAAAGAGAAAAGAUGGAGGCUAUAGUAAAGGAACGAGAACGUACUCGUAUCGAGGAGCAAAAGGCAAAGUGGACCCGCCGCGAAGAAAGCGAGUUUCUGCGAGUGGUCUCUACAUACGGUGUCAAUUACGACAGAAAGAAGGCCCAAUACGACUGGACUAAAUUCAAAAGUAUCGCUAGAUUUGACAAGAAGACGGACAACGACCUUACGGAUUAUUACAUGUCAUUUAGAGCAAUGUGCAAAAAAGUCUGUAAUGCGAAGAUGAACGAAGAGGAAGAUUUUACAGAUGUUCCAGUGGAUCAGCUGAGUCCUGCCAAAGCGAGACAAAUACUUGACCGUGUCGACCUCUUGAGCAAGAUCCGCGAGGAGAUCCUGUCGCAUCCGCAUCUCGAGGAACGGCUCUCGUUGUGCCAACCGUCAGGAGAUACGCCAGAUUGGUGGCAACCGGGGAAACACGACAAAGAAUUGUUACUUGGAGCGGCGAAGCAUGGUCUUGGCCGUACCGACAUAACUAUACUGAACGAUCCAGACUUUUCGUUUCACAAGCUUCUUACGAGAGGAAUGUACGCGGCUACGCAGACUCCCAAAAUAAUAGACAAAUCCGAGAAAGCGAUAAAGAUUGAGAAUAGAGAAGAUAUAUUGAAGUUUGACAAGGACGAGAUACUCGUGAAAUUGGAGAAAGGCGAGGGAACUUUAAAGAUUGAAAAAGUUGGAGCGAAAAAAGACAAAGACCAAAUUACUGCCGAUAAGAAACCUGAGAACGCGGACUCUGAGAAAAGUCAAGUGGAAUUGACUAUCGUCAAAACGGAAGCUAAACCCGAAGAGAAACCUAUAGGUAGCUCGUUGACGAUCACCACCGUCACGAGAACGUCGGAUGUGGAUAACGUCGCUGUAAAGAGCGAGGAAAAAAAUGAACUAGCGAUAGAACCAGUUAAAUGCGAUAGCACUAAAGCUGUUCAAACAGGCACUGCCAAAUCAACCGAUGAGAAGAUCGCGAAGGAAACUAGUUCAGAGAGUGCUGAGAGUCCUGCCGUUGUGGAACUCGACAAGGAAGAUAAGGCUCAGGAAAAAGAUGUUCAACAAGAAGCUGAAUCUACCGAAAAAUCAAACGAAUCGCAAACACAAGAAAUCGUGACGGAAACAGUCGAGAAAAAUGAGACAGAAGUUAAGGAGAAGGUUGAAAACGCUGAGAAGAGCACUGAGGCUAUUAUCGAGUCCGCUGUUGAAGAUGAUAAUAAAAGCGCAAAGCCGGAUAACACACCGGCUAAAGAAGAGGUCGAGACGCAAGAAACAAAAAGUUUGGACGUUGCCAAAGAGAAGGCGAAGGUUCCGCAAAUCGAGGAUAAAUGCAGUGUCCAGGCCGCAGAAUUGAAGGCGAUGUUCCCAGAUCUGGAAGUGAUACAACCGUUGUCGCGACUAACGCAGAUCGAUACAUUCGUCUUGCGAGACAAGCCGGCAGAUUACGCUAAUAACGAGUCUACAGUGAUGCAACUCCUGGCGCACGGCUGCGCUAAUACAUCAAUAAAGUGGCCGAAGGAGCACGCGAUCGAAGCUCGUUUAAUGCACAUCGUGCACGCGAUAGAGCACAAAGAAUGGCCAGUGUCGGUGAACUUCAGUGCCGGCGAAGAGCUGGAGCUUACACAAAACGAGAAGGAAUGUUCGGAAGUGAUAACAAUCACUACGGACCAUGGAGUGUCCAGAUCUAUAGUGAGCGGAAAUAACAUCUCUGCUUCGAAAAAACGUAAAAGGCAUAUCGCUAUAGACGUAGAGACCGAGCGAGCCAAGCUUCAUGCACUUCUCAACAGUAGUCACUUGAGUACGCCGUCGUCCGCACCCCUUAGCAAACCAGUCGUUCUCUCCGGCUCGACCACCUGGGAAAUGAACGACGAAUCGCAGUCCGAAGAAACGCGACGCUCCACACCGGUUCAGCCACCUCCAGCUCAUCAACAAACGCGAACGCCAAAUAUGCCCUUCGAUCUAAAAUACACUAUUCCAGGAAAAACAACUGUUAUACCUGGGACAUCAAGCACUUUGACGCCUAUCGAUCUAUCUGCUGGAUAUCCAAAGUCAACCUCUGAUAGUAACAAGGAUAUUAUGAACGAAGUGCAAGACUUCUCCAUGCCGAAUAAGAAUAAACAAGUCAGCAGCAAUAAAGGGAAAUUGGACAGUAUGCUGGAUAAGCUCAUGAAAAGGAAGUCUUGCCCGACAGAAGAGCCGGUGAUAGGAAAGGAGAAGAAACGUAGGAAGCUGGAUGAAAUAGUAUUGGGAUUAAGCGCUGCAAAAGAACAACAGAGCAGUCAUUAUCUCGACCACAGCAAGAAGAAUACGAUUACGCCCAAUGUGACUGUAACUCCGACAUCGGCGCCGAUCGGUCUUCCCAAUCCUCCGACGAGUGCCCAGAAACCGUUCUCCAUUACUGUUACAUCGAUUCCGUCUUCUCGAGCCUCAAGUUCAUCUACGCCCGUUUUACCACCACCGUCAUUGCAUUCGCACAAAGAUACCUUCUCCGCUUUGCUGGCUCAGGCUGAGCAACAAAAUCGCGAAUUGAAGAAACAGCAACAGCAACAACAGCAGCAGCAACAUCAACAGCAGCAGCAGCAGCAACAACAACAGCAGCAGCAGCAGCAGCAGCAGCAGCAGCAAGCAUUCAACUCGGCGCACCCGUCUUCCUCAAGCAGUAGUCAUCGAAAGAGUUAUGAGGCAAUGAUCGCGGACAUCAACAAAGUCGCCGAGUACUCGUCCAAGAUCGGCUCGUUCUCACACGAAGCGAAGGUGAACAAGUGGCUGGCGGAGCAGAGCGCGAUGUCGGAGCAAUUGAGUGCAGAAUACUUAAAUGCUCCUCGACGACGCAGACCACGCGUCGAUCCGUCCUUAUUGGAUUGGAAGAAGCUCACUGGUGAGGAGAAUGUCGCUGUUAUCAACCGAUUAACUGGCAAGAAGGUAACUGGAAGUAAAGCACCUCAGCUGAAACGUCUCGGAACGUGGCUAAUGGAAAAUCCAAUGUUUGAUGUCGAUCCGAAAUGGGCGGAACUUGUAAAAGAACGCGGCAAUCUUCCGCACGAUCUACAGAAGAGACUAUCGGGUAACGAGCGCAGCAGCAACGUGAACAAGGGCAAGAGUCCGGGCAGACCACCUAUGAUGCCCAGCCCCACGAGCCAGCAGUCGGCGAAUACGGCCAAUUUGGCGGCCACGUCUAUGGCGUCUGGUCUCAACUUCCCGCUCGGCAAUCUGAACAACUCUCUACUAUCGGGCCUGUCGCUCGGCAAUUUCGAUCCAAAGAAUCCGUUGCUAAUGCCAUUUGGCGGUCUGACGAACUUGGGUGCACUUGGUGGCCUCGGUAAUCUCGGCAACCUGGGCAAUAUGGGCCUAACGAAUUCGCUGUUCGCCAAUCUGGCCGGGCUGGGUUUGCCAUCGUUGGCAGGCAUGGAAGCAGCGUUGAAUGCGCAAGCAGCAACCAGCAGCGCGGCGGCAGCAGCGGCAGCGGCAGCCGCGGCGGACGUAAAUAAUCCAGUCGUGAGUUCGGCGUCUGGCAGUGGUAGUAGCAGCAAAAACGCUAGCGCGGGUUCUUCAUCGAGCAUCAGCGGUAGUAGUGGAAGUGGCGGCGGGGGCGGUAGCAGCAAGUCACGUAGUAAAUUGGAUCAGCCGACGACCAGCAGCAAAUCUGCGGCUGGUGGUCCGUCGACUUUGUCUGCUGUUUCCACUGCGAGUCUGCCGACCCCUUCGCCGUUCCCGUUUCUCUUUACGAAUCCCAGCCUUCUCUACACGCCGUUAACCCUAAGCGGCCUGAAUCCGUUCUCCAUGCAGUCUGGCGGUGUAUCGUCGGCCUACGAGAGUCUCGCCCAAUGUGGUCUGCUGAAUCCACCAACAUCCAGCGCCUCUACAGUGCGCAAGCCUUCGUCGUCUAGCAGCUCCUCUAGACAACGUGAAACCGUACCGGAAUCGACAUCUUCGUCAUCGUCGUCGUCGGCGGCAAAACGGAAGGAUUCCGAGAAGAAAUCGUCGUCCAGAUAUUCAGUGGAUCCAGCCGUGACUUUGCAACAAUACACGGAUAUGGCAACAUUGCACGGCAGCGAAGAGAGACGUCGCGUCGAGCAGCAACAACAGCAACAAUCGCAGCAGCAACAUGAAAAGCGAGAAACAGCAAUGGUGGAAUCAAGCGAUGUGGUGGCGGCAGAUCUAUCGGAGAAAAAGACCGAGCGAAAGAGUAAGGAGCAGGAAAUGAAAGAAGCUCUGGAGCAUUUGAGCAGAACCAGUGCCGAACUGGUUACACGAAACAUUGACGAGACUCCAAGAUCUGAGAAGCCACCUAGCAAGAAUCGCAGCAGCACGGAUAAUCAGAAUUCUGACCAGCAGCAGCAACAACGAUCAACGCCGUCGGCGCCACCGCCACCACCACCGCUUGAAGUCACCUUGGAACCCGUUGCGAAGAAGAUACGCACUGAAUUGGACACAAGCACGAAAUCAUCCGCGCCAAGUAGCGAAGUACCAACGGUGGAAAUUGAAGCGGUGACGAAACCAUCGCCGACAACUCCAACGAAAACGACGCAGCAGACAGUACCUCCGCAGGAGGAAACAUUCAGCGUCCCGUCUGUGGAAGCAAAUACAACUAAAAAGGAAACGAACGAAGUGGCAACAUCGUCAUCAUCAUCAUCAUCGUCGGCGGUGGCAGCGGCGGUAUCGUCUACAGCAGUAUCGUCUGCGGUAUCGUCUGUGAACGCGACAUCAUCUGCGACUCAAAAUGUCGGCGCAAAGAGCGAUAGCGCUAAACCAGCUGCUCCGGAAGCAGAGGACGAUAGCAAAGGCGGUACUAAAGCGCCAAAGAAGGCACGCAGCGGCAAACGGUUAAGUGUAGAACCACCACCAGAGCGUAAGAAUCUUCGUUCAAGUGCCGGUAGACAAGCACGAGCGGCUGCGGAACGCCAGGCACGAAUGGAGGGUGAGAUGCAACACUCUGAGCAACAGCAGCAAGACAGUCACGGGGCCGGCGAGUGAGGCACAAGGUCUCGUCGGACUGCUGCUGCGAAACGAUAAAUGACAACCACUGAAAACGCCCUAUGGCGGUCUGACAAGAAGAAUUCGAUGGACGCCGCAGUGGUCCACGUUUUCUAUUUCUACUCUCUGAUUCGACACUGCUCGCACAACGAAGAUCUGUAUGUAGAUAAUUCCCUAUUCGACGCUGAUAAACGCGGAAGUGUAAGGUGUUAUUUCUAAAUAAAUCGCGAUGAAACACAAGUGCAUCGAAAGGGGGCUACAAACAUUGGUAGAAUCUACCGUAGCCUUCGGUUCGGCUCUUGUAUGAAAAAAAAAACGUGUGUGAACAAAUAGGACUCCUCCAUUCCGCGGGAGAUGGAUGUAUCGUUAGUCAUUGAUUGACAGUGUGUGACAGUGCACGUUUAUCGAAUUAAAACAAAAGAAAAAAAAGAGAGAAAUCUCUCAAAUACGAAGGCUGCGAUAGUAUUUUAUCAUUCGAUACUUUGUGUAGUAAUUAAUUUUUAAUUGCGUAAUUAUGAUACAAUAAUAAAGGUAUAGUUUUGUUAAAUUUAUUAUCUACUAUCUCUUAUUGGUUUUGACCAGGGACUGUUUUAUAUAAAAAUAUAUAUAUAAAUAUAUAUUAUAAAAUUGUGUACUCGCUAUUGCGCAUAAAGCAAUUUACAAGCAAGGAAUGCAAGCCGGAAUAUAAUCGUAAUGUAGAGAAAAAAAUAAUUACAGUAAUAACUUAAUAAAAAAAGGACGAGAAAUGUAAAUAUUAUAUACAAUUACGCCUAUAGAGACAGUAAGCAAUCGUGUACUUGGAAAAGAAAAUGUAUAUAUAACGCAGUGUACUUUUAAUUACAUUAGGUGAAACAAUAAACAGCUUCUUUUGUUGUUUGCAAA